AUGUCGUCAAUAUCGACUUUGGAGUUUGUGUGGGAGAAUAAAUCGUUGUGGCCGAGACACUGGACCGAAAGAAUUUUCUGCUCGCAAGUUGCUAAAACGAAUAAAUUCGAGUUACUCAAGUGGAUACGAGAGGAGAAAAAGUGUGAGUGGAGUGUAGGGCCGAUUAAUGCGGCCGCAGAACAAGGUAAUCUGGAAAUGGUAAAAUAUUGCGUUGCAAAUGAGUGUCCUAUCAAUGAGUGGGCGUGUGCACGUGCUGCCCAAAACGGUCAUCUCGAGUGCCUCAAAUACUUACACGAAGAAGCGAAAGCGCCUUGGGAUUAUUGGACUGCCUAUUUUGCGGCUCGAAAUGGUCAUCUUCACAUACUCGAAUAUCUUGUUGAGCGAAAGUAUGAUAAAUAUUACAAUUUGGCGUGUGAGCGUGCGGCCGCGAACGGCCACUUAGACUGUUUGAAGUACUUGCGCGAAACAGCCAAAGCGCCUUGGGACGAUUUGGCGGUACGAGAAGCGCACAAAUACAACGAAACCGAAUGUGUACAAUACCUCCUCGACAAGAACUGUCCUCUCCCAUUUGGUUGGCGAUACGAGCAUGGAGAGUUGAUCACAGGCUACUCGUCGUCAUCGUCAUCAUCGUCAUCAUCAUCGUCAUCAUCAUCGUCAUCAUCAUCGUAA